AUGGAGUCGUCCGGCGAUGUGCUGAUCGAGAUCUUGGUCAUUGAGGAUGGGACGGACCCGCCCGUGCCAAAGCCAGAGUUCACAGGUAUGGCAUGGAGAUAUCUGGAGCUUCCGCGCGCAGAGGAGGACCGGCACCAAAUUUGGGAUUCGAUUCAGCUCCUCUGGCAUCGCUUCGACUCGCCACAAGGGAUGGCUGCUGCCAGAGCUGCUGGCGGAGAUGCGGCGCGCGGCGAAGCGAUU